CAUCAACAGUCACGAGUCGCAGUGAGAUACCAAGGAAGGCUCUCACUCGGAGACAAUCGCUCAACAUGAUUCGCACUGCAGCCGCGCCGCUGCUCAGGCAAUCGGCCACACUAUCGGCUUCGAGAAUCGCCCUGUCACCCAGAGCUGCCGCUCCCUUUUCUACCAGUGCCCUGCGAGCCAGCUAUGAGGACACGAUCAAGAACCUGUUGAUUCAAAAAGACUCCAAGGUCAUCUGCCAAGGCUUCACCGGAAAGACUGGUACCUUUCACUGCAAGCAGGCGCUCGAAUAUGGCACCAAGCUAGUCGGAGGUGUCUCUCCCAAGAAGGCCGGUCAAGAGCAUUUGGGCUUGCCAGUGUUUGGAAGCGUUAGAGAAGCUGCGGACAAGACCAACCCUCACGCUAGUGUGCUUUACGUUCCUCCCCCUUUUGCUGCCGAUGCCAUCAUUGAGAGUAUCGAGGCAGAGAUCCCGCUCAUCGUUGCUAUCACCGAAGGUAUUCCUCAAGCUGAUGAGAUCAGGGUCGCGCACGCACUCAAAGCGCAGUCCAAGUCUCGAUUGGUUGGACCGAACUGCCCAGGCAUCAUCAAUCCCGAAGGCUGCAAGAUUGGCAUCAUGCCAGGUCACAUUCACUCUCCAGGCAAGAUUGGCAUCGUAUCGCGUUCGGGCACCUUGACAUACGAGGCUGUCAACCAGACGACCAAUGUUGGUUUGGGACAGUCGAUCUGCGUGGGUAUCGGAGGAGACCCUUACCCUGGCUCCACAACAUUGGACCUCGUCAAGCUGCUCCUUGACGAUCCCAAGUCUGAGGGUCUGGUUUUGAUCGGAGAGAUUGGCGGCUCGAUGGAAGAGGAUGCAGCAGAAUAUUUGGAAAAGUACAACAAGACCAGAAAGAACCCCAAGCCCGUAGUUGCUUUCAUCGCUGGUAGAACCGCUCCCCCUGGCAGACGUAUGGGUCACGCAGGUGCGAUUAUUGCCGGAGGCAAGGGUGGGGCGGACGACAAGGUCAGAGCGCUGGAAAAAGCCGGUGCUAUCGUCGCUGACAGCCCAGCCAAGAUCGGUGAACUCAUGAAGAAGGCGAUGCAGGAAGCAGGUCUCGCGUGAGGCACUCGCUCGCACUGCCUUUCUCUUCUACCAACUUGACACACGGAAUAGAAAUGCGAUCUUGACCAGCUGUAGCAUGGACUCGGGUGCCAUUGUUGGCCCCGAAAGCUGCUCAGAGCGACCAAGCUUCGGAUGCUGCGCGCCAUGCGUCAGUGCGAGCGUCACGAGCGUAUCGCGUCUAGAGAAAGAGUAUACAUUUCGUUGAUGAAAAGAUGGGGGUCAAAUUUGUAUGACG